ACAAAAACAAGGUAGUGCUUCCGAAUGAAAAUUUAGCUUGGCGGCAGCUGGUCGGUAUUCAAAAUGGCUGAGUUGUAAAUUAACAGAUUUGUGUCUAUAUUAACUAGUUUCAAUAAAAAAUAAUAAAAACAUGUCUCAGUCCAAAAUAAAUGAAUAUGUAGGGGUCAAAAAUGGAUUUUCUUCGCUGAAACGCAAACGACAGUACGAAGAAUAUUUGGAAUCUACGGAGGAGUUUUCUACGGAUGCAAAAACUUGUUUCACAAAUUCUGCUUUCAGUUCUACUCCCAAGAGAGUCGUUGCACGCAGGCGUACACCCUUAACCAUAACAAAUAAUUUUAUACAAAAUCCUUGUCUGGAAGUUAAAUCAAUAGCAGAUAUAAUAAAUACACCAGUUGAAAAAGAGGAAAUAUCUGAAGUACAAACAGGUAAGCAGCCACAAAAUCCUUACGAAGUUGUGCGUAAGCCACCGAAAAAGAAGAAACGAGAAACGGAAAUAAUCGAGGCAUGCUUUGAAAAUCCAGCACUGAAUUUGGAGCUACCAGAGAAACAAUUUAACCCAUAUGAGGUUUGCCGUGAGUUUCCCGCAAAGCAAAGGAAUGCGAUUCAGUCAAAUUGUUUUGUAAACGCGGCUUUGAAUUUACGUGCGCAAGAUGCAACCAUUAGUCGAAAUUUAUAUGAGAUUCAACGUUGUGACAACGUUCAGCCAUCUAACGCAAUUGUUGGUGUUGAAAAUGCCGGUUUAGAAGAAGCAGCUGUUUUGCCCACUGACUUAAAGAUAGCGUUACCCUUUAAGCCUACCCUGGGUUGUCGCAUAGAUUUUUCAAAUUUACCUAUAGAGCAACUAACACCUAGCAAACUACUGGCAGAUAAACUUGUCUUUUCUCCUGUCUUAGUAGUGCCAAAACGUUCAAUGGAUUCCGCAAGUGAGGAGAGUAGCAUGGAUAUUGGGAAGGAAUUAGAUCGCUACCAGUUAGAGUUGGAGAACAGUAUCAAUGAAGCAAAAAUACGUAAAACUGCUGGAGCAUGUGUGGAGUCGAAAACGACCGAAUUAAGACUGCAGGUAGACUUGGAACAAAGAAUUACCUUCACGCAAAGGUUGGCCGAAAUAGUCGAAGAAGACGAAGAUAAAAUAAAUGAUUGCUCCGAAGAAGAAAUGUUAAAAAGUAGUACUUCACCAGCAAAACCUGUUGCAAGUGAAAAAUUUGAAAUUGUGAAAUUCAAAAAUAAUGACGUUGCUUACGCUUCCGAUUCUGAGGAAGACGAAUUGGAUUUCAAAGAGCCAGCACCAUUUGUGCGCGCUUACCAACGCUCUACCGCACCACUUUCAGCCGACAGCACAGAGUCGAUACACUCCACCGAAUCAGGUGGCUCAAUGGCAGGCACAAAAAAAUCAUUAAACGUAGGUAACAUAGUACGUAAAUCGCUACGUAAACUGAUGCAUCCAAUCAGGCACGGGGAUAUACCAAAGAGUUCAGCUGACGCAAAAGAUAAACAUUUAUUGGAAAAUAAUGAAGAGGAAACCAAAGAUAGACAACAACACAAUAGUGCAUUCAAAAUAAUACGCAAUAGCUUACGACGUAAAGCGCCGACCAAAGCAGUACCCUCUACUCCGCAAGCAUCUGUGGUUAAAGCCGAGAUCUCGAUAAUUGAUACCAGUGAACGUACAAUGAAACUCAAGGCGGAGUUAUUGCCGAAAACAGAAAGUGAUCGAAAGCACACAUUGCGGAACAGUCUCAGACGAUCGUCGCGUGAAAUCGGUCAGCAUUUGAUGAAGACAGUGUUUCACAAAAAUCAAGAAGCCUAUAAAUUGACUAAAUAAUUUAGAUAUUAGUUAAUUAUUUUGUAUAUGAUAUUUGCCUCCAAAUGUCAUGUUUUAUUAUGAAAGCACACUUUUUUGCACCACAUAGAUUGCAGAUAAUAGGUUAUACUGCUGCCUAUAAAAUGUUUUAAAAUAUGGGUAUCUGCAUUUUUCUUCGAAAAUAAGUUAUCAUUGAAUUCGUUGCGAUAUAUGCAGACAAUUUCGAGAAUUACUGAUGAAAAAGGUAGAGGAAACAUUUAUCGAUUGAGACCUACGAUCGUUACUUACAUAUAUGCAUACCCUCGUUCUAUGCUAGGAUUGGAGUACAUUUCGAUAUUAUUUACGAGUAUAUUUCUCUCUGGGGAAAAACUACAAAUUUAUAGAUACCCACAGAAAUAAUUUGUUGUCUGCUUUCGAACAAUACAUUGGCAGUGUAGUUACGUUUUUUCGAACUAUAUUUAUAUAAAAGAUAUAUAUUUGAAACUGAUAUGCACUAUAUAAAAUAUUUCUUCAGGUUUUUAAAAAAAUUUUGUUUGUCAGAAAUACUUAUUUACUGAUUCGCAUACAUGCAAUCAAAUAUUGAAGUUUUUUUGCAUAAUUAAGAAAAGAAGUCGAAAUUAGCAUAACUUGCACAAAAAUCACCCAUUGGACUGACCAAAUGCAAACGCGUUUUAUUUAAUUUGUCGGUUAGACUUCGAACAUAGAUACCCACAUUUUAAAUCAGGACGGCAAUGUCGAUUUACAGGUUGGUUGAAAAGUAUUCGAACACACGUUGCGUUUCGAUCUGCCCAUCCAUUAUUUGCUUACAAGCUAUUUGAAGUUGACGUGUCAUCAAAUUCACAACUACUGAGCUGAGCGGAACUACUCAACUGUGCGUAUCUACGACAAACACCCGACGGUUGAACCGAUUUUUACGCACCCAUUUCAUUUAUUUAUUUAUUUUAAUGGAAUAACCUAAUAUCACGCCGGGAUAAAAUGAUCUGUGUUUUGGAAAGCUUAUCUGCAACAGAAAUUAAAAAAAAAUAAUAAUAGAAAAGCAUUAAAGAAAUUUGUUUAUUCAUUUUCAACUUUGCCUCGCGGAGUUUUAUAGCUUAAACGUGGUGUACGUUCGAAAUAGUGAAUAAAAAUUUGAUUAAGUUUAAAAACGUGCAUCCUUUUAUUUUUGCUAUCAAUACUUUUCAACCAGCCUUUGCUUUUGUUGUAAUUACAAACAUUUUUAUAUCACUAAUGUUGCACUUUAAUUUUUUGAAUAUAUUUUGUUGAAAUAUAUAAUAACGUUUUAAACAAAUAAA